UACCUUUCUGGCACAACUCCUAUUUCAAACCACUUUUUGAAAAACAUACGCAAGUACAACUCUUGCUUUCAAAUGACUUCGUUUGGAGCAACGAAAAUUAUAUCUGAAGGCGGUUACAUGCCAACAUUCAAAGUUCAAGGCCAAAUAUACCACAAAAUCGGUUCAUUGCUCGCAGUGCCACAACAAGAUGCGAAAUUUCUGCAAAUUUAUUUCACUGGAAAUGAUGCACUGGAAGUAGACAAGCGUUGCGCAAUUAGUUCUGGGAUCCGACGCGAGAUCAUUUCAAGCUUGCAGGCAAUGUUCCAUGAACAAAACAGUUUGAUUCGCUUUUUUAAAACAGCUCUGGAUCAAAUGCCAUCAGAUGACUAUAGUGUUGUUAUUAGAGCAGACAAAGCUCCUGCUGGUGAACAUGAAAGGCGCUUCAAUGCUCCAAUUGUAAUAGUAGCAAUUGUAAUAGUUGGCUCCGAAUUCGAUCGACGUGACAUCAUUAUCCACCGGCGAAAUGCUAAUGUGCAGAGAGUAUCGGAAACACAUCGAUCGUAA